AACUGUGAAAGACCGUGUAGCCGACUGCGCGCUCCUCAACCGCCAGGGUUUGUACACACACAUUCGGACACACACUGCCUGACACUCACGCGCACUCUCAGUGAAACCGUCUACCCGGGACCAGCACGCACAAUCUCUCGUCUAUCACAGCGCAUCGCGCACCACUGCGGUAAGACGAGAAGGCAGGCAGCGAAGCCCUGACACACUUGUUUCAACACUCGGCAUUCCAGGUAGUGCGUCUGCGACUCUCCGGAAAAUAAGAGGACUUACCACCACAAAUCGAGGAGGUAUAAAACCACUAGGCUACUACCACUCAGAGACUAGCCAUACUGCUCGUGAAAAGUUAUUCAUCUUCUUGAUUUCCCCACAUUGGAAGUGAAACCUGCUGUUUGAAAGAGGAUGAGACCGUUACUCGUAUCCAUCGUCCUCUGCUUGAGCGCUUCUGUCCCACAUUUUGUGAAAGGGGAAGUUUACGAGCCCAAUCCCUGCGAGAAUGGGGCCGCCUGCCUCAAUGUUCUGGCUGACGAAUCCUUCUCAUCAGCAGAUGGUGAGGAGGAGACGACUUCAGCAGGACCUUGCCAACCGAACCCAUGCCACAACAGAGGAAUAUGUGAAAUCAGUGAAACCUACAGAGGCGACACGUUCAUAGGUUACGUCUGCAAGUGUCCAACCGGCUUCAACGGGAUCCACUGCCAACACAAUGUUAACGAAUGCGAGAAAGAACCGUGUAAAAAUGGGGGCAUCUGCACAGAUCUGGUUGCCAAUUACUCUUGUGAAUGCCCUGGGGAGUACAUGGGAAGGAACUGCCAAUACAAAUGCUCUGGAUCACUGGGCAUGGAGGGGGGUAUCAUCUCCAACCAGCAGAUAACAGCCUCGUCCACCCACCGUGCUCUGUUCGGCCUGCAGAAAUGGUACCCCUACUUUGCCCGGCUCAACAAGAAGGGCCUGGUGAACGCCUGGACAGCUGCCGAGAACGACAGAUGGCCCUGGAUCCAGAUUAACCUACAGAGGAGGAUGCGGGUCACAGGACUAAUUACCCAGGGUGCAAAGCGUAUCGGCAGCCCAGAGUACGUCAAGUCUUACAAAGUGGCCUCCAGUGACGAUGGCAAGACCUGGAGGACAUACAAAGUCAAGGGCACAGAUGAGGACAUGAUAUUCCGUGGAAAUGUGGAGAACAACGCUCCUUCUGCCAACUCCUUCACCCCUCCCAUUGAAGCACAGUACGUGCGCAUCUACCCCCAGGUCUGUAGGAGACACUGCACCCUGCGCAUGGAGCUGCUUGGCUGUGAGCUCACAGGCUGCUCUGAGCCCAUGGGGAUGAAGUCUGGCCACAUCCAGGACUACCAGGUCACAGCGUCCAGCCUCUUUAGAACACUCAACAUGGACAUGUUCACCUGGGAGCCCGGCAAGGCCCGUCUUGACAAACAGGGCAAGGUCAAUGCCUGGACGUCUGGACACAGUGACCAAUCCCAGUGGCUACAGGUUGACAUGCUCCUGCCUACAAAAAUCACCGGCAUCAUCACCCAGGGGGCCAAGGACUUUGGCCAUGUCCAGUUUGUCGGCUCCUACAAGGUGGCCUACAGCAACGAUGGAGAGAGGUGGCUCGUGUAUCAAGAUGAAAAACAGAUGAAGGACAAGGUGUUCCAAGGAAACUUUGACAAUGACACGCACAGAAAGAAUGUGAUAGAUCCGCCCAUCUACGCCCGAUUUGUCCGGAUCCUUCCAUGGUCGUGGUACGGAAGGAUCACUUUGCGUGCAGAGUUACUGGGAUGCACAGAGGAAGAGUGACCAACCUUCCCCCUCAUUUGUCCACCUGUCCCCCUCUCCCCCCUUUAAUACUGGAUCAUCUAACCCAGAUUCAGUGUUUCAAUAUAAACUGUGCAACCUGUAAAAAAAUAAAUCAUUUUCCAAUGGAUUUUUCAAGAAUAUGUGUUUGGUUAUGGUGGGUUGCUGUUUGAUUUAAACCUGCCCUUGUCCUGAUUUUUGUCCCUUUUUGUUUUCCUAUUUUUGUGGUCAAUGUCUUUUUAUUCCUCUCCAGAUUUCGCCCCCCAUUGUGUUUGGAAUGAACUUGGGUAACCUAUUUGAUG